AUGAUAAAUCCCCAGCAUCACCAGCUUAUUCCGACAACAUGUAUCAGCGUCUUUAAGGCGUAUGGCAAGACUUCCUCGCUCUAUGAUCCUCUAAACGUUUUCCACAUUCUCAUUCAAACCAUACUGUCUCCCAGGCCCUAUUCUCUUCUCCAGUGGGGAUGUUCGAUCCUUCGCGUCUCUAGCUCGCUGACCUUAUCCCCAUUAGAGGUGCCAAGCCAAGACCAGGGAACACUCACGGCUUGCGCCGCCGGUGCUCCGUUCCCUCUGAUGGGCAUCAUCUUUGGUCAACUCGUCAACGACCUCAAUACUGCAUCUUGCGAUAAUAGUGAAGUCGCGUCCCAGUACUCGCCAAAAGAACUCCAAGACAGCAUCAACAAGAAAGUUGUCAUGAUCACAUGGAUUGGCGUAAUCAGUUUUGCGCUUAUCUACACGUACAUCGUGUCUUGGUCCAUCUUCAGUCGCCGUCUCGAGAACCGCAUUCGCGAUCGCUACUUCAUGAGCCUUCUGUUGCAGGAUGCAACCUUCUUUGACAAGAGGCAGGCUGGAGAGAUUACUUCUCGCCUUAAUACCGAUAUUCAGGCAAUCCAGUCUGGUACUUCCGAGAAGGUCGGUAUUAUCAUGGGAUGUACAUCAUUCUUCGUCUCGUCGUAUGUCGUUGCAUUUGUCAAGAAUGUCACACUCGCAGGUAUUCUUGUAUCACUUGUGCCUGCUUUCAUGCUGCUUGCAAUCGUGGGAAGCAUGUUUACUGCAAAGUUUGCGACGGCUAUGUCUGAAAAGAUCGCAUCUGCCUCUUCAAUCGCCUCGGAAGCUCUUGCAAACAUUCCCGUUGUACAGGCCUUUGGCGCAGGUCCUCGACUAGAGGCCAUCUUUGCCGAAAGGAUGAAGGGAGCAAGAAAGCAAGGAAUCAACAAGGCCUUUGUUGCUGCUGUCCAGGCUGGAUUGCUUUACUUUAUCGCCUACUCAGCAAAUGCUCUUGCUUUCUGGCAGGGCAGUGGGCAGAUUGCUGAUAUGGUUGAGGGUAAUAGCGACACAUCUGUGGGUGAUAUUUAUACUGUUAUUCUCUUGCUAGUUGAUGCUUGCGUCGUCCUCGGCGGUAUUGCUCCUUUGCUGCCGCUUGUUGGGGCUGCUGUUGGAUCUUUUGAAAAACUUCGCGAAGAUAUGGACAGCCCAGCUACUAUCGACACAGGAUCCAGCAACGGAGAGAAGAUCGCAUCAGUAGAAGGCACUGUGUCUUUUAGAAACGUCUCUUUUGCUUAUGUCUCCCGACCUCACCACACCGUACUGAAAAACGUCUCCUUCGAAUGUCCUGCUGGCAAGCACACUGCCCUUGUUGGUCUUUCUGGCAGUGGUAAGUCUACCGUUGCUGGACUCACAUCUCGAAUCUAUGAUCCCACCGAAGGUACAGUUCUUCUCGAUGGACAUGAUGUAAAGGACCUUAACGUCAAGGGCCUGAGAAGUCAUAUGAGUCUUGUACAACAAGAGCCCUCUCUUCUAGACCGGUCAAUCGUUGAGAACAUUGCCCUUGGCAUCUUGAACUCCGCUCAACCUGAACACGAGAGAUUCAAAGCUACAAUCCUAGGCACUGGCCUUGCUGAGCUUGCCGCUAAACUCCGUGAGGGCGAUAGUUUGGUGACGGCAGCGCAAAGUUUCGGUCAGGAAAUGGUUGAUCUGAUUGAUCGUGUUCAGGAGGCUGCCCGACUUGCCGAUGCAUCUGAUUUCGUUGAUAGACUCGAGUACGGUUACGGAACACUGGUUGGUACUGGCGGAAAGCUAGUAAGUGGAGGUCAACGACAGCGACUUGCGCUUGCUCGAGCCUUGGUUCGUGAUCCCAAGAUCCUCAUACUUGAUGAGGCCACCGCUUCCCUUGACUCAGCAAGUGAGCACCGCAUCCAGAUGGCCAUCGAAUCCAUUGCCAAGAAUCGUACUGUCAUUGCAAUCGCCCACCGUCUAUCCACCAUCAAGAAUGCUGAUAACAUCAUCGUUAUGAACAAUGGCGAGAUCAUAGAGCAAGGAAAUCACCUCGAGCUGAUGGCUUUGAACGGCUCAUAUGCCAGUAUGGUACGCUUGCAGACAGUUGACUCAGAGGAUGCUGGAUCUACCACAAGCACUGUCCACACCGAUGGUGUCUUGUCCGAGAAAGACUCUCUCGUAGACAUCAAGGUCAGGGGUACAGAAAAGGAAGAAGCAGAUGUGUCCAAGGAGGAGGAAGCUAAAGAGAAAGAGGUAUCUCCCGAGGCAGACGCUGCUCUUGACUCGACUAAAUCUGCGUGGGUCGUCACAAAGACCAUUGGCGGCAUGGUACGACCCUAUCUCCUCCUCAUCGUUGUCUGCCUUUUUGCAGCUACUAUUGUUGGGCUCACCUUCUCUUCGUCUGGUCUGAUUUUCGGCUAUACUAUCGACAACCUGAGUCCCUGCAACCCUGUUGAAGAUAUCCGGUGGGCAGGCAAGUUCUUUGGAGGCAUGUGGUUUCUGAUUGCUUGCGUCGAGCUGUUGGCCAAUACCACAAGCUGGACCGGUUUCGGCAUGGUUGCAGAGAAGUUGCUGUACAAGAUUCGAGUUCUCUGUUUCCGCUCUCUGUAUGAACAGGACCUUGACUGGCAUCAGUCGGAAGGCCGUACUCCAACUGCACUCCUGUCUGUCAUUACUUCGGAUGCUGCAGCAGUUGGAGGGUUCAGCGGCUCUAUUAUUGGUACCAUCUUCUCUAUCGUGGUCAAUUUCUUGGUUGCCAUCAUCCUUUCACACAUUCUUGCUUGGAAAAUUGCGAUUGUAUGCUUAGUCAUUGUGCCUAUCCUUCUGGGUUGUGGCAUUAUGCAACUUCGAUCGCUGUCCAAGUUUGAGCGUCGUCACGCUGGGGCUUUCUCCGGUGCCGUUGGCAUCGCUAACGAGGCUGUCAAUUCAUUCAAGACCAUCUCUUCAUUGUCUAUUGAAGAAGAAGUCAUGAGCUCCUACCGCCGUGCUCUCAGGGCGCCCCAGAAGGAGAUAACUCUAGCUUCGAUGUACGCCAACUUGUGGCUUUCCCUGGCCAACAGCACUGGAAACCUGAUAUAUGCCUUUGCGUAUUGGUGGGGGUCAACACGGAUUACUGCAGGCGAGGCUAGCCAGAGAGAGUUCUUUAUAAUUCUCAUUUGCAUGCUUGUCAGCGCACAGCUUUGGGGCCAAAUGUUCAGUCUUGCGCCUGAAGUGUCUCGAGCCAGAGCUGCCGCUUCGCGUAUUCUGAGUCUGAUUAAUCUAGGAUCUUCCAAAGAGAAGGCCAAGAAAGGCAAGCUUGCACUGGCUCUCGAGAGUACUAAAAGAGAUGUCGAAGCUUGUGCUGAAGCUUCUGCAAAGAGCAGCGGCGGCAAGGGGGCAACCAUCGUUUUCAAAGAUGUCAAAUUCUCAUACCCGGCUCGACCUCAUAUUCAGAUCUUGACAGGCAUGUCGUUCACCAUCUCUGCUGGUCAGUUCGUUGGUCUUGUAGGACCUUCCGGUGCUGGCAAGUCGACCAUCAUGUCGUUGGUCCAACGCAUGUACCGGCCAACAGGCGGAACUGUUGAGAUUGAUGGUGUUGAUAUUUGCGCACGUGAAGGAAAUGAGUUCCGCAACGAUAUAGCAGUUGUCCCUCAAGACUGUGCUCUCUUUGACGGGACAAUCCGGUUCAAUGUUUCGCUAGGUUCAACUCCUGAUCACGAGCCCACAGACGAUGAGAUCCAUGAAGCUUGCAAGCUAGCCAAUAUCCACAACGUUAUUAUGGAGUUGCCUGAAGCUUAUGAUACCGAAUGCGGGCCUAACGGCUCGCGGCUCUCUGGCGGUCAGCGUCAACGGCUAGCGAUUGCGCGUGCCCUUGUGCGUAAGCCUAAGCUGCUGUUGCUUGACGAAAGCACGAGCGCGCUAGACGCCGAGAGUGAACGAGCUCUGCAAGAGGGGCUAGAACGUGUAGCACGCGGUAUUACUGUGAUUGCCAUCACUCAUAGGCUUCACACGGUGCGCAAGGCGGAUGUCAUCUUUAUAAUUGAAGGGGGUAAGGUGGUAGAAAAGGGUCGGCAUGAGGAACUGGUAGAAAGGAGCGAGACAUAUCGUACAAAUGCCCUGCAGCAGAUGCUGGGAAACUAA